UCUGUCGCUUUAUAUUUAGGACCAAUUAAAAAUGCAGUGCCUAAACACCAAGCCUUUUACCUCGGCCCGCCCGGCUGUGGCCCGGCGGAGCGUCGUCGCGCAUGCCUCGCGCCCGGCCCAGGCUGCCGCGCUGGCCUCUGCCAUGACCGUGGCGACCACCUCCGCUGCUAUGGCUUCUGAGAUUGCUCAAACUGCCGAUGUUGGCUCGCUGACCUUCGCGGUUGGCGGAGUGGGCGCUGUUGUGGGCCUGGGCGCCCUGCUUGUCGCUACUGACCCUCAGAAGCGCCGCUCGGAGCAGAUGAAGUCAUUCGACGGCGAUGAGAAGGAGGCGGUGAAGGACUACUUCAACACUGCCGGCUUCGAGCGCUGGCGCAAGAUCUACGGCGAGACGGACGAGGUGAACAAGGUGCAGCUGGACAUCCGCACUGGCCACGCGCAGACGGUGGACAAGGUGCUGCGCUGGGUGGACGAGGAGGGCAGCGUGCAGGGCAUCACCGUGGCGGACUGCGGCUGCGGGACAGGCAGCCUGGCCAUCCCGCUGGCGCUGCGCGGCGCCGCCGUCAGCGCCUCCGACAUCUCCGCCGCCAUGGCGUCUGAGGCGGAGCAGCGCUACCAGCAGGCGGUGGCGGCCGGGCAGGGCAAGGCGCCCAAGGUGGCGCCCAAGUUCGAGGCGCUGGACCUGGAGUCCGUCAAGGGCAAGUACGACACGGUCACUUGCCUGGACGUGAUGAUUCACUACCCCCAGGACAAGGUGGACGCCAUGAUCACGCACCUGGCGGGUCUGUCCGACCGCCGCCUCAUCAUCUCGUUCGCACCCAAGACGCUGUCGUACAGCAUCCUCAAGCGCAUUGGCGAGCUGUUCCCCGGCCCCAGCAAGGCCACCCGCGCCUACCUGCACCGUGAGGAGGACGUGGAGGCUGCCCUCAAGCGCGCCGGCUUCAAGGUCACCAAGCGUGAGAUGACCGCCACCAGCUUCUACUUCUCGCGCCUGCUGGAGGCCAUCCGCGAGUAAUCUCGCAAACGUUCUCGUGUAAAUAGCGUAGCAGUGCAGGACUGGUGUAAGGACUGAUGGACUCGGACCGGCGCUGCGGCCGGGUAUGAGGGCAUGGGCGUGGGCGCUGCUAGGGUGCUACGGUGCAGCGCGGUUUUGACGGGCUAUAGACAUUUAUGUGACUGAGUGACGGGCGGAUAGCCAAAACGAUUGUGUGAACGACUAUAGACAGACUGACUUCAAGGGAUGAGGAUGGGCAAGGGGGGACCCUCCAACGCCGAUGGAGAGAGUGGUAAGCGAGCUAGAUGUGAGUGAGGAAGAGGUGGAGGUGGACGCUCAAGCCACGCGCUGUGGAGUGCACACGGGACGCAAGGUGCACCGGUGCACGAGCCGCCAGCUGACUGUAAAAUUGAAGGCCG